UUCGAUGAUAAAAUAAUCAAAUAGGUAUGAUUAAAUGUUGUUUAAUACAGUCGUGCAUUGGAUGUAAUCGGAUAUACUUCAUUGUAAGAAGAUGGCAGUCUUAAGAUCAAAGAAAAUGGCGUUAUUGCUGUCAAUUGUAACGGUCGUCGGAUCGUUGCUUUUAACGCCUUUUUUAAUGUUUUUAUUGGCAAUAAUCUUCUUAGCCUCCAUCGGCAAGUCCUUAGGCGUUCGCGAAUUAUAUAUUAAACUACUGCUUACAAUUUUUGAGUAUGGUAGAAUAAAUAUUGAAGUUGCACAGAAACGUAAUCGAAAGGAGGAAAGUGAAGAUGAAGGUUUCAGUGAAAAUUAUUCUGAUGGGAAAGGAACUUUGGAAAGAACGAGAACACUUUCGCAAUCGCUUCAAAAUGGUUUUCCUCCAAAUAACCAAAAAAAUGGUUUUAUUAACCACAAUGGAAUGUCUUUGAUUAGUAGAGAUGAUAAAUUAAUUUUAAUGCCAGAAUUGGGACCAACGUUGAAAGAUGGUACUGCUGGAAGUGGAGAAGAUGAACAAUUUAAAGAUGAAUAUAAUUUUAAUUUGUCGAAUUGUUUUGAUUUUAUCAAAGCUGGAAUGGAGGCGAUUAUCGAAGAUCAAGUAACGUCUCGUUUCGAGGCUGAAGAAUUAAAAAAUUGGAAUUUAUUAACGCGGACGAAUCGCCGUUAUGAGUUCAUUUCGUGGCGUUUAACAGUAAUUUGGAUGUUUGGAUUUUUAAUUCGUUAUUGUUUCUUGUUUCCUUUACGAGUUGUGAUUUGUUGUUUUGGGGUGUUAUGGUUAACAAUUUGCACAGCUUUAGUUGGUUAUAUUCCUGAUGGUCGAAUAAAAUCAUAUAUAAUUGAAAAAGUCUCAAUAAUGUGUUUUGGAAUUCUUUCUCGUGCUUUAUCUGCAGUCAUAACUUAUCACAACCCAGAAAAUCGCCCAAAGAAAGCAGGAAUUUGUGUUGCUAAUCACACAUCACCAAUUGAUGCUUUAGUCUUGAUGUGUGAUAAUUGUUACUCGUUAAUUGGACAAACACAUGGUGGAUUUUUGGGUAUAUUGCAGCGUGCUUUGGCUCGAGCUUCGCCCCAUAUUUGGUUUGAGCGGAGCGAAUCUAAAGAUCGUCAUGCUGUUGCUAAACGUUUAAGACAACAUGUUGAGAACCCAGAGAAUCCACCAAUUUUAAUUUUCCCAGAAGGAACUUGUAUUAAUAACACGUCGGUGAUGCAGUUUAAAAAGGGUAGUUUUGAAGUUGGUAGUGUUAUUUAUCCCGUUGCGAUUAAAUAUGAUCCAAGAUUUGGAGAUGCGUUUUGGAAUAGUUCUAAAUACUCUUAUAUACCAUAUUUAUAUCAAAUGAUGACUUCUUGGGCCAUUGUUUGUGAAGUUUGGUAUUUACCAAAAAUGGAAAAAUCGGAAAACGAAAGCGCGAUUGAGUUUGCGAAUAGAGUUAAAGCGGAAAUUGCUAAUCAAGGUGGUUUAGUUGAUUUAGUUUGGGAUGGUCAAUUAAAACGAACAAAACCUAAAAAAGAAUGGAAACAGCUUCAUCAAGAACAGUUUACAAGGAAAUUAAAGAAACAUGAAGAAUCUGAAAUUGAAAAAAAGGACGAAUAGUGAACUUUAUUUUUUAAUUAAUUAAAUUAAUUGAUUUAUUAUUAAUCGAUUUGUAAAUAUAUUAAAAUAAGCGGAACGGGAAGGUUAAAAUUGCAUUUAAUACUUUUUGUGUAUAUACUUUAAAACUUAUAAAAAAAGUUUUAAUUUAUUCUUGAUUCCAAGACUAAGGUUGUUUCAAUCUAGUAUUUUCUAGUCUUAGUUAAUUCCGAUUAAGUAAUGAUGAAAGUAAUGCGAAAAAUUGAGUAUUCAAAAAAGAAGACUGAUAGUAAAAUCAUCACAAGUACUUGUAAUUUUUAAUUCAAAAUGAAUGUAAUGUGGUUAAAUAAAUAAACUCAAUAUAAUUUUCAA